AUGUGUAUGCUCCGCUCGGCGUCGUGCGUGUCGCGGCUGCCCACGCGCGCGCGCCCUCACCUGCACGUGCUCUUCCCGCGAAAGGGCGCCUACCAGGCCAGCAUGGAGGUCAAGAAGCGGAUCCUGUACGCGACGCCUCACAUGGGCGGCAACAAGCUCAAGAAGCUUGCGCGCCUCCACGCGCGCAAGGGCACGAUGGACUCCUUCGUCGCCGAUCUCGAGUCGCGCCUCGACCGCUUCAUCUACCGCUGCAACCUGGUGCCGUCGAUAUUCGCGGCGCGGCAUGUGAUUGGCCACAAGCACAUCCUCGUCAACGGCUUCCCCACGAAUCGCUCCUCGCUGCUGCUCAAGCCCAUGUCCAUCGGCGGGCGCACACCGCUGCUGACCCUCGACCGGCUGCGGGUGCGAAAGAUCCUGCUCGCGCUGCUCGCCCUCGCGCCAGGCGCCGGCGAGUAG